GCACCAUCUCUGGCAGGUGGUGCUUUUAAAGCGUACACUUGGUUGCCGCUAAUGUCGUUUUUGAGAGUAGUUAAAACGAAAUCAACAAUUGCAUUGACUUUUUAAGGAACAUUUUUUAUACAGACGGUCGUGGUGUGUCUUGAAAAGGCACCGGAAACGUGGAUAAUGAGCUAGGGGUUCCCCCUUCUUUUAUCUCCCACAGAGGUUUGGACAUCGGCGCCUUCAUCUUUUGCAGUUUUGCAGAAAACGACCAAAAAAGAGAACACAACGUGUUGAUGAUGUGUCAGCAUCGGUGAAGGCGAGACAAUAGAAAGAGGGGAACAAAAAGCCCCCACGCCGAGACUGACGAGCUCUCCCAUCCCGGAGUUUGGAUCGCUUUGGCGUCAAUAUGUCGAUAUGAUACGUUGAAGAGCUUUGUUGUUGUUUUGUGUGUGUGUUUUUUUCUUAAGUAUCAUUUAGUUCUCUUGCCGGAAUAUGCUGAGCCGAACGCAAAGCAGCGGACGUUGGGUUCUGCUUUAAAAAAUGAGGAAGCGUCUCCAUAAAGACCCUGAAAAUGGCAAGAAGGUCUCGUCGUCCGUGGGCCUGGAUUUGAGCAGAACGAGAAGGAAAGGAUCCUCCGCAGAAGAAGCAGCAGCAUGAUUUUUGUCUUUAUCCCCCCACAAUGACACCAAAGGAGGUCAAACGGUGGAGAUAGAUGAAGGCGAUUCAUUUUUUGCAACUUCUGAGGCGCCCACAAUGAACACUUUUCACUUCGAUAGCAGAUAUUGAAAUAUUUUUUUCUACAGGUUUUCAAGUAUUUUUGUUAUCUUGUUUUUUUUUUUUUAUCCCGACUAUUCAAUGGAAGUAUGUUAUCAGCUGCCAGUGUUGCCUCUAGACAGGCCGGUUCCCAAGCAUGUCCUCAGCCGGAGGGGAGCCAUCAGUUUCAGCUCCAGCUCCUCUCUCUUUGGGGCCCCUGAUCCAAGACAGCUGUCUCAGAGACGUGGGGCCAUCUCCUAUGACAGCUCGGACCAGACCGCGCUGUACAUUCGUAUGCUGGGAGAUGUGAGAGUGAGAAGUCAGGUUGGAUUUGAACCGGAACGACGAAGCUCCCAUCCAUACCUGUGCAUCGACUUCCGAAACCUUCACACACGCCUCAGCUGCGGGUCCACGCCGCCAAGCUCCACCCCCGAGAGGAGGGUCCGCAGACUGCUCAGCCUCCAGAGAUACCUGCACUCGUCUCGCCUGCUGCGGGGAGCUCCCCAGCAGAUCCCCUUACCUAUCCUGGAUGAAGACUACACUGGACAGGCCCGAUGCAUGCUGGAAAAAGUCGGGAACUGGAAUUUUGACAUUUUCCUCUUCGAUAGGUUGACCAACGGAAACAGCCUGAUCACUUUAACCUUCCACCUGCUGAACCAGUAUGGCCUGGUGGAGCUCUUCCAGCUGGACAUAGUCAAGCUGUGGCGGUUCCUGGUCAUGGUCCAGGAGGACUACCACAGCGACAACCCCUACCACAACGCCGUGCAUGCCGCCGACGUCACGCAGGCCAUGUACUGCUACAUGCGUGAGCCCAUGCUGGCCAAGUCUUUGACCUCCUAUGAUAUCCUGCUGGGACUGCUCGCCGCUGCCACACAUGACCUGGACCAUCCCGGGGUCAACCAGCCUUUCCUCAUAAAGACUGACCACUAUCUAGCUUCACUCUACCGGAAUACCUCAGUUCUGGAGAACCACCACUGGAAGUCGGCUGUGGGGCUGCUCAGAGAGACAGGGCUCUUCUCUCACCUGCCCGCUGAAGACAGCUUGAGCAUGGAGAGGGAGCUGGGCUCUUUAAUCCUGGCCACCGACAUCAGCAGGCAGAACGACUACCUGUCCCGCUUCCGUUUGCGCCUGGACCAGGGCAACCUGUGCUUGAGCAACGCCAACCACCGCCACUUUGUCCUGCAGAUGGCUCUGAAGUGUGCCGACAUCUGUAACCCCUGCAGACCCUGGGAGCUGAGCAAGCAAUGGAGCGAGAAAGUCACCAAUGAGUUCUUCCAGCAAGGCGACAUUGAGAAGAAGCACAAACUAGAAGUCAGCCCACUUUGUGACAGAGAGGUGAACACAGUCGGCAACAUUCAAUUAGGCUUCAUGACGUACGUAGCAGAGCCGCUGUUUGCAGAGUGGGCCCGUUUCUCUGACACGCGCCUGUCCCAGACCAUGCUGGGUCACAUGGGGCUUAACAAGGCCAGCUGGGGCGCCCUCCAGCAGCAGGAACAAAGCUCAGCUGCCGGCGAGGAGGCAGAGCCUGGCGCCACCGCCACCGGAGGAGGAGGAAGAAGCAGCUCCAAAGACAUACCUCAGGGAAGCGGAGUAUCCUGACGCUCCCUCGUCUGGGUUUGGCCACACAAUGCAGGGAGCGUGCAGGGCGUCCACAGCCACAUCUUUUUUCUUUUCCACUUCCCAUCUUGAUAAACCACUGAUUUUAUUUAAUUUAUUUAAGUUUUAAUUCCUCCUUUUUGUUUGGACAUAGAGCAAUACAUAGAUACCUCAUUUUGGCUCCUGCUGUAAUUUCUUUUACUUGCUUAUUUUUAUUUAUUUAUCCUGGGUUUUUUUUGUUGUUUUUUUUGGCAUUAUACUGCCUGAAGCCACUGGAUUUGAAAGCAGUAUGGAAACUUUCAUAAGUGCCAUUUUGACAAGCCGAGUAUUGAGUGAUGCCACGUUGUUUGUAUCGAAGAUUCUUCCUCACCUUUUUUUGUAAAAAACAAAGCGUGACAAGCCCAAGUCGUUUUGCUGCCUCUACUAAGACUGUUUACGCUUUUUCUUCUUUCUCUCCCGCGGCGGCUUCACACUUUUGCCUUGGAAGCACAAAUGUGAAGAAGCGUUGUUGAAGCCAUGAGCAGAACCUUACACACACACACACACACACACACACACACACACACACACACCAGAUGCCAUAAGUACUCCCGAUGAUGGGGCGUGCAGAAGACACUCGGCGAUGAAGCUGGACGAUUCUUCCACUCCGGCAGAUUGCAUCUCACCUGAAACAAGUCGCUCAGGGUUCCGCCAUGAAGGAGAAAGAGGAAAGGGGUGGGGGUUAGGUUGUUUUGUGUCCUUCGUGGCUGCAUGCAAGCAGUCCGACUGCUCCGUGGAUGCCUUAGAACUAUGCACAAACCACGCUAAGUGACCAAACCAACUCCUGUUCCCAUGAAUGCAUGGCGUGCUUGUCUUUGAAUGCACUGUCCUUCCAUCCCUUUUGCCUUCUUCUGUUAUUAAUAUUGUUAGAACUACUCCAGUUAAACAUUCCAUUUUGUUUUGGUUUCAUCUUUUUAAAUUCUGUACAGCGGCACAACUCCACCUUUUUCAACAGGUGCUUUUUUUGUUGUUGUUACUUUAGCUGAUUUGUAUUUGGCUGUUAAAGUGCUGUAAGACUGUUGAUGAAACUGUUUACAAUUUGUCCCGACAGCCAUUUUUUUGGAGGAAGACUUGAGUGUCGAGCCAGAUUUUGUAAAGGGCUUUUUGCUCUUUUCGACUUUUUGAUACAUGCCUGUUGUAGUUACCUUUUGGAUGAAUAAAAAUCCUGUUGUUGACUAAAA